GACUGCGCCGCCAAGCCAAGCUGUCAGCCCAUGUGGCGUGGCCUCUCACAAUGUGGUACAUUUACAUUCAUCGGAGAAAAAACGACGCGCUGCGGGAGCGAGGCUGACGUUGGUCUCACGGACGAGGAAGCGACAGAGCCAGCAGUUCCUCUGUGCAGUCACGCUGAGGAUUACGGCGGCAGCAAAGGGACGUUCACAGCGCACUACUGUACACGCCGCACGAGCGCCGAGAGCCACGAAGCAAGCAGCUGCUGAAAGUUUGAAUUUUCAAGGGACCUCGAACCGGCUUGGACGACGCACAUACACAACUCAGCAUGGAGGAUAUCGUCGUGGCAGGGAUGUCGGGCCGUUUGCCUGAAUCCGACAACCUGGAGGAAUUCUGGGAAAACCUCAUCAACGGUGUGGACAUGGUGACGGAGGACAACCGGCGGUGGACGCCAGGUCUGCAUGGUCUUCCAAAGAGAAACGGUAAACUGAAGGACAUCAGCCACUUUGAUGCAGCAUUCUUCGGCGUCCACCCAAAACAGGCCCACACUAUGGACCCCCAGCUACGUCUCAUGCUGGAAGUGGCCUAUGAAGCCAUUCUAGAUGGAGGGCUGAACCCAGCCACGCUGCGCGGCACUAAGACGGGCGUCUACAUCGGGGUGAGCGGCUCAGAGGCCGGUGAGGCUUUCAGCAGAGACCCAGAGGAGCUACUGGGCUACAGCAUGACUGGCUGCCAGCGCGCCAUGCUGGCCAACAGACUCUCCUAUUUCUUUGACUUCAGUGGCCCCAGCACAGCUAUCGACACGGCCUGCUCGUCCAGCUUGCUGGCUCUAGAAAACGCCUUCCAUGCCAUUCGCCAGGGCCACUGCGAGGCCGCCCUCGUCGGGGGAGUCAACCUGCUGCUCAAGCCAAACACCUCGGUGCAGUUCAUGAAGCUGGGCAUGCUCAGUCCAGAGGGGACCUGCAAGUCCUUCGACUCAUCGGGAAAUGGAUACUGCCGUUCCGAGGCCGCAGUGGCCGUGCUGCUGACCAAGAGAACCAUGGCCAGAAGGGUGUACGCCACAGUGGUCAACGCUGGCAACAACACAGAUGGAUACAAAGAGCAAGGUGUAACAUUUCCUUCAGGGGAGAUGCAGCAGCGCUUGGUGCGUUCUCUCUAUGAAGAAGCCAACAUAACUCCUGACCAAGUGGAGUACAUCGAAGCCCACGGCACCGGAACCAAGGUUGGAGACCCGCAGGAAGUGAACGGAAUCGUCAGCGUGUUCUGCACGUCAAGGAAGGAGCCUCUGCUCAUUGGCUCCACCAAGUCCAACAUGGGCCACCCAGAGCCGGCCUCUGGUCUGGCUGCCAUGGCGAAGGUCUUGCUUUCUUUGGAGCGAGGUGUCUGGGCUCCCAACCUCCACUUCAGCAGUCCUAACCCUGACAUCCCAGCGCUCACCGACGGCCGGGUCCAAGUCGUCGACAAGCCCGUUCCCGUCAAAGGCGGCAUCGUAGGCGUCAACUCUUUCGGCUUCGGGGGCUCAAACGUCCACGUCAUUCUACGUCCAGCUAAGAAGGCCGCAGACAUGAUCUCACCUCCGAGGACGGCCCCCAGGCUGCUCCAGGCCUGCGGUCGCACGGAGGCCGCUGUGGGUGCUCUCCUCCAGAGGGGAAAGGAGCACGCCGGCGACGACGGCUUUCUGUCUCUGCUGAACGAGGUGGCGGGGGCCCCCGUCGGCAACAUGCCCUACCGAGGCUACGCGCUGGUCGGCUCGCAGGGCGACACCACGGAGGUGCAGCAGGUGCAGGCGUCUGCUAGGCCGCUGUGGUAUGUCUGCUCAGGUAUGGGCACACAGUGGGCUGGCAUGGGUCGCAGCCUCAUGCAGCUGCCAGACUUCAGAGCGUCCAUCCUGCGGUCGGACGCAGCCCUGAAGGAAACGGGGCUCGUGGUGUCUCGGCUGCUCAUGGAGGCCGGGGACGCAACCUUUGAAGACACUGUUCACGCCUUCGUCGGCCUCGCCGCCAUACAGAUUGCCCAGAUCGACCUGCUCAGUAAGAUGGGCCUGCAGCCCGACGGCAUUGUGGGGCAUUCGGUGGGAGAGCUGGCCUGUGGCUACGCCGACGGCUCCCUCGGUCACAAUGAGGCCAUCCUUGCAGCCUACUGGAGAGGGCGCUGCAUCAAGGAGGCCAAGCUUCCACCAGGAGGCAUGGCUGCAGUUGGGUUGACGUGGAAGGAGUGCAUGGAUCAGUGUCCCCAGGGAAUAGUCCCAGCUUGUCACAAUGCAGAGGAUACUGUCACCAUCUCUGGUCCUCAGGAAGCUAUCAGUAAGUUUGUGGCUGAGCUGAAGGAGCAGGGAGUGUUUGCCAAGGAGGUGCGCAGCGCUGGGGUGGCUUUUCAUUCCUACUACAUGGCCUCCAUCGCUCCAGUCUUGCUGGAUGCUCUGAAGAAGGUGAUCAAGGAGCCUCGGCAGCGCUCGUCCCGCUGGGUGAGCACCAGCAUCCCCCAGUCUCAGUGGGACUCUCCUCUGGCGCUGUACAGCUCGGCCGACUAUCACGUCAACAACCUGGUGAGCCCCGUGCUUUUCCAGGAGGCGCUCAGUCUGGUCCCCGAAAAUGCCGUGGUGGUGGAGAUCGCGCCUCACGCUCUUCUGCAGGCCAUUCUGAAGCGUAGCCUGAAGCAAACGUGUUCGAUUGUGCCCUUGAUGAAGCGAGGCCAUAACAACAACACAGAGUAUUUCCUGUCCAACAUCGGUAAAAUCUACAUGAACGGCAUCAAUGUGGAUGCUAACAGCCUGUACCCAGCCGUGAAGUACCCUGUGCCCGUUGGGACCCCUCUGAUCUCCUCCCUAGUGCAGUGGGACCAUGCUCAGACCUGGGACGUCCCCAAGGUUGAGGAUUUUUCUAGUUCAGGAGGAUCCAAUUCUGCAGCCAUCUAUAAUAUUGACAUGAACCCAGAGUCUAAGGACUAUUACCUUGCGGGACACUGCAUUGAUGGGCGCAUCCUGUACCCAGCCACUGGUUACCUGGUGCUGGCCUGGCGUACGCUGAUGAAGAGUUUGGGAGCCGUCAUGGACGUCACCCCCGUAGCUUUCGAGGACAUCACCAUCCAUAAUGCCACCAUCCUCCCAAAGUCUGGCUCCGUCCGCUUGGAGGUGCACUUCAUGCCCUCUACCAGCAAAUUUGAGGUGUCUGAAAAUGGAAACCUGGCCGUCAGUGGGAGGGUGAGCAUUCUGGAAGAUGCAGCCCUUGAUGCUUUCCGUAGCCAGAUAAGCCAUCAAGCUCCGUACAAAGAUGGUGACGCCAAAGAGAAGCUGACGUCACACGACAUCUACAAAGAGCUGCGGCUGCGUGGCUACGACUAUGGCGGCGCCUUCAGAGGCAUCUUGGAGUCCAACAAUGAAGGAGACAGUGGGAAGCUGCACUGGACAGGAAACUGGGUCACUUUCCUGGACACCAUGCUGCAGAUGCUUGUUGUUGGGCUGUCGGGCCGCAGCCUCCGUUUGCCGACGAGGAUCCGCUCUGUGCGCAUCGAUCCGGUCGCCCAUCUUGAGAAGGUGUUCAAGUACAGGGAUGAGGAACAAGCCGUGGACGUGCGCGUGAGCCGCUGCCUCGACCACAUAGUUGCGGGAGGAGCCCAGAUCUGCGGCCUUCACGCUACUGUAGCGCCACGUCGACAGCAGCAGCAAAGUCCUCCCACGCUUGAGGAGUUCGUGUUUGUUCCCUAUGUGGAGACAGAGUGCCUGACAGCUGAUGGGAAGCUAGCACAGGAGCUGAGGCUCUGCAAAGGUUUAAUAUGCAAACUGCAGCAAAAGUUGGCCGUUCAUGGCGUCAAGCUCUCCAUCCCCGGCCUACAAGAGCAGUCCGAGGGCCCUCUCCCCAGCCAAGAGCCUUCAGAACCGGAUCUGGUGCGCUUGCUGGCCCUGCUUUGCAGCCUGGAGCUAAACGGGAACCUUCAGUCUGAGCUGAAGCAGACGGUGGAGAGGGAGAGAGCGUGUCUACUGCAGGACGCGCUGCUGCACGGCCUGCUGGACCACUCAACCCUAAGACACUGCCUGGACACUGCCAUGGAAAACAGCACACCGGGCAGAAUCAAAGUGCUUGAAGCUCUUUCCAAUGAUGGCCAGCUCUUCACGCGUGUGGUACCCCUCCUCAACAUCCAGCCCAUGAUGCACAUAGACUACGUCGCCACGGCAACAGACCUGGAUCUUCUAAACCCUCAUCAGGCCACUCUAGAGGAGCUGGCAGUUGCAUCUGCUCAGUGGGACCCCCUAAUGGGCCCAGCUCCCGGGGGAGUGGUCGGCGGGGCAGACCUGGUGGUGUGUAACCAUGCCUGGGGCCCUGUCAAUAUGGACCCUGCCGUGCUGGUGGCGAACCUGUCCUCUGGAACCAAACAAGGCGGGUUUGUGCUCCUCCACACCUUGCUAAAGGGAGACACGCUAGGAGAGACUGUUUCCUUCCUCUCCAGCACCACUCAGAGCAGCAGAGGUCUCCUCACACAGGCUGAGUGGGAGAAGGUGUUCUCUGAGGCGUCUCUCCGCCUUGUGGCUGUGAAGAAGUCCUUUUACGGCUCAGCACUCUUCCUUUGUCGCUCUCUGCCUCCGGGUAAACAACCCGUUUUCCUGCCUGUGGACAGCACCGACUACCAGUGGGUUGAGAAACUUAAAGUGAUAAUGGCUGAGUCCUCAGAUUCUCCAGUGUGGCUGACUGCUUCAAAGCCCAACUGUGGCAUUGUGGGAAUGGUAAACUGUCUGCGGCAGGAGCCGGGUGGCAACCGAAUACGCUGUGCGUUUGUGUCUAACCUAAACGAGUCAUCAGCAGCACCAACCCUUCAGCCUGGACAGAAGUCCAUGCAGUCGGUGCUGGAGGGGGAUCUGGUUAUGAACGUGUUCAGAGACGGACACUGGGGCUGCUUCAGACACCAGCUCAUCAGUCACGAUCAAAAUGAAGAACUGACAGAGCACGCUUACGUCAACGUGCUGACUCGGGGCGAUCUGUCGUCCCUGCGGUGGAUUGCCUCUCCGCUGCGUCACUACGUGGCCAGCGACCCCAACGUGCAGCUGUGUCGCGUGCACUACAGCUCUCUCAACUUCAGGGAUAUAAUGCUGGCCACCGGCAAACUGCCACCAGAUGCUAUUCCAGGUAAUCUAGCUCUGCAGCAAUGCAUGCUGGGUAUGGAGUUUUCUGGUCACGAUCAGACGGGUCGGCGCGUCAUGGGGCUCCUACCUGCUAAAGGCCUGGCAACAAGCGUGGAUGCAGACAAGCGAUUUCUCUGGGAUGUUCCCUCCAGCUGGACCCUGGAGCAGGCGGCCUCCGUGCCCGUGGUCUAUGCCACGGCCUACUACUCCCUGGUGGUGCGUGGCAGGCUGCGCCCUGGAGAGACGCUCCUCAUUCACUCUGGGUCGGGGGGCGUGGGCCAGGCUGCCAUCGCCAUAGCGCUCAGCAGGAAAUGCAAAGUCUUCACUACAGUCGGUUCUGCAGAGAAGCGAGCCUACCUACAGGAGCGGUUCCCUCAGCUCUCAGCAGAGUCCUUCGCUAACUCCAGAGACACCUCUUUUGAGCAGCACAUCUUGCUCCACACACAAGGCAAAGGCGUGGACGUGGUGCUGAACUCCCUCGCUGAGGAUAAACUACAGGCUAGCAUCCGCUGCCUAGCCAGGCAUGGGCGAUUUUUGGAGAUUGGCAAGUUCGACCUGUCCAACAACUCUCCCCUGGGCAUGGCUCUCUUCUUAAAGAACGUGGCUUUCCAUGGCAUCCUGCUAGAUGCUCUCUUUGAAGAAGGCAACAAGGAGUGGGAGGACGUGUCCCAGCUGCUGAAGCAAGGCAUUGUGGAGGGUGUAGUUCAACCUCUAAAGACCACAGUGUUUGGCAGAGACCAAGUGGAAGAAGCGUUCAGAUACAUGGCUCAGGGAAAGCACAUUGGGAAGGUCAUCCUGCAGGUCUGUGAAGAGAAGAGGAGUGCAUCCCCUUCGCCUCUUCCAGCCAUCUGUCGUACUUUCUGUCCUGCCUCCCACUCGUACAUCAUCACUGGUGGACUAGGAGGCUUCGGUCUGGAGCUCGCUCAGUGGCUGAUUGAGAGAGGAGCCCGCAAACUGGUGCUCACUUCCAGAUCAGGCAUCAGAAAUGGCUACCAGGCCAAACGAGUGCACGAGUGGCGGAGUCAAGGCGUGAAUGUGCUGGUGUCGACCAAUGACGUGAGCAGGCUGGAGGGAACAGAGAGGCUCAUUGCAGAGGCCGGGACCCUGGGCCCAGUGGGUGGCGUCUUCCACCUGGCCAUGGUGUUGAAAGACGGCAUGUUGGAGAAUCUGACCUCUCAGCAUUUCCUGGACGUUAAUAAGCCUAAAUAUGAGGGCACCCUGAAUCUGGACAAAGUUACGAGAGACUCGUGUCCGGACCUCAGCUACUUCGUGGCCUUCUCCUCUGUGAGCUGCGGCCGUGGCAACGCCGGCCAGAGCAACUACGGCUACGCCAACUCCGCCAUGGAGCGCGUGUGUGAGAAGCGGCGCCACGACGGCCUGCCGGGCCUGGCCGUGCAGUGGGGGGCCAUCGGGGACGUGGGCGUGGUCCUGGAGACCAUGGGCGGGAACGACACGGUGAUCGGGGGCACGCUGCCUCAGCGCAUGGCGUCCUGCGUGGAGGUGCUGGACUUGUUCCUGUGCCAGCGGAGGCCGGUGAUGUCCAGCUUUGUCCUGGCAGAGCGGACGGCGGUGAAGAGCGAGGCGGGGAGCCAGAGGGACUUGGUGGAGGCGGUGGCUAACAUCCUGGGCGUGCGAGACGUGAACAGUUUGAACGCGGACGCCUCGCUGGCUGACCUGGGCCUGGACUCCUUGAUGGGCGUGGAGGUUCGCCAGACUCUGGAGCGCGACUAUGACAUCGUCAUGGCCAUCAGGGAGAUUCGCCAGCUCACCAUCAACAAGUUACGUGAAAUAGCCCACAACAAACCAGGACAAUCAAAGGCAGCUGCAGCUAGGGGUGUUGGCUCCGUGUUGGAGUCUGACCUGACUCAGCUAUUAGUCAACCCUGAUGAUCCUACGGUGACGCCAAUCAACAAGGUUCAAAGCCAGGAGAGGCCACUGUUCCUGGUCCAUCCCAUAGAGGGCUCCGUCAGUGCCUUCAAGACGCUGGCCUCCAAGCUCAGCGUGCCCUGCUACGGCCUGCAGUGCACUAAAGAUGCACCUCUGGACAGCAUCCAGUCGCUGGCUGCCUACUAUGUGAACUGCAUCCGCCAGGUUCAGCCAGACGGCCCGUACCGAAUCGCUGGCUACUCGUUUGGCGCCUGUGUGGCAUUUGAAAUGUGCUCUCAGCUGCAGACGCACAAUUGUCCUGUGGAGGACCUGUUUCUGUUUGACGGGUCACACUCCUACGUAGCAGCGUACACACAGAGCUACAGAGCCAAGCUUACACCAGGGAACGAGUCCCAGGCUGAAACUGAAGCCUUGUGUGCCUUUAUCCAGCAGUUCACAGGAAUCGAGUACAACAAACUCCUGGAGACUCUUCUCCCACUGUCGGACCUGGAGGCCCGUGUGAAGGUGGCCGUGGACCUGAUCACCUCCAGCCACAAGAAUAUCAGCCCGGACUUGCUGCACUUCGCAGCAUCCACCUUCUACUACAAGCUAAAGGCGGCUGACGGCUACGUGCCCGCCACAAAAUACCACGGCAACGUGGUACUACUGCGUGCAAAGACCAGCAGCGACUAUGAACAAGCCCUAGGAGCUGACUACAAGCUCAGUGAGGUGUGCGAUGGCAAGGUUUGGGUGCACGUCAUUGAGGGGGACCACCGCACCUUCCUGCAGGGACAGGGAGUGGAGUCCAUCGGUAACAUCAUUGUCAGUUCGCUGGCAGAACAGCGCAUGGCAGCAAGAGACGGCUAGAGCCCGUCCCAGCUACACGGACCACGUUCACAUUCCAAACACAGGUCUCUGCUUCGCAUUAGUUUAGGUUGUAGUGUAGUUCACACAGUGAGUACAAACGGUCCCUAAUGUAGGAAACGCACCUUAUUCCUGCUGUUUGCACCCUUUUUUAAAUGUUAAUGAAAGAAAGACUCUCCCUGACCUCAUCAGAGGUUUUAGUAUAUUUUUGCACAGUAUGAGUAGUUUCACUUGUUUUUCCAUGGGUUAUUUUCCAGCAUGACUGAGUUACUGAGAGAAUGAAUAUGCGCCUGCCAUUAAAGAAACAUUUACUGUGGGUGUAUGACAGUGACAUCCAGUGAUGUCAAUACCACAUCCAAAUGUUACUUGAGUCUGUGCACAUGUGCAGAUGUGCUGCCACAGUAAAAUGACCUAUGGCUUAUUGUAUUUGGAGGCAUUGUAUCUUUUUGUCAGAAAUGACCUCUGCUUACUUGUUUCUGCAUCUUCAGACAAAGCAGUUUGUUUUUCUUGUCUGCUUUGCCAAAAAUUCCAUAUGGAUUGGUAGGAUUCCUGCUCCAAGGCUGCUUCCUCAGAGCUGUCGCUGACUCCCAUGGACUCGCCUGGUUUCAUGAGCAGCAGUCCACCUGAUCUCUGAUGCCUCUCUAGUCGGGUCUAUGAUGAGUCAGGUGACGUCAGGCAAACGUGGUGACUGACUGCAGUGAAAGGGAGAAGGAAGUGACAGCACUACUGUUGUAAGGCUACCACUAUGUGUUGUAAUGACUAAUAAAGACCACUCACUAUGA